AUGAUUGUCGGCAUUUGCCGAUUGGAAGAAAGGAGUGCGCAUUGCUCACUCGGCUAUCGAUCCUCUCACCUCUUACCAUCAUCGUCCAUCUCUUCAACGACAACAAUGUCGCGCUUCCUCGGGCGACUGUCUCGCACACCUUCGGCUCAAUCCAUCAAGAGCCAGGCUUCUGCUGAUAAACAGCUCCCGCCAAAGACGUCCGACAUCCUCACUACUCCCGCCCCAGGAUGCACCCCCAAACCUGUGGAACCUAUAUCGGCUGAUCAGCAACGCAAGCUGGCAGACCUCGAGCAGUACAUUCGUCAAGUCGCCUCCGAUACCCCUCCGAAAGACGACUACCAAAAAUGGGAAGACAAGUGGCUCAACGAACACAACCUCUACCAACGCUACCUGCGCGCCGCAAAGGGUGAUCUCGACAACGCCAAGAAGAGGAUCAAGUCGACGCUCGAGUGGAGGAGAGAUUUCCGUCCAGAGAUCAUCGCACCCGACAGCGUAUCAAAGGAAGCAGAGUCCGGCAAGCAGAUCGUAACCGGCUUCGACAACGACGGCAGACCGCUCAUCUACCUCAGGCCCGCCAGGGAAAACACUACCCCCAGCGAUGCACAAGUUCGCUACCUCGUAUGGACUCUCGAACGUGCCAUCGACUUCAUGCCACCAGGCGUUGAGAACUACGCCAUCAUCAUCGACUACCACAAAGCCACCACACAGUCCAACCCUUCCCUCUCCACCGCCAGGACCGUCGCCAACAUCCUCCAAAACCACUACGUAGAACGACUCGGUCGCGCCUUUGUCGUCAACGUCCCCUGGUUCAUCAACGCCUUCUUCACUGCUCUCGGUCCCUUCCUCGAUCCCAUCACAAAGGACAAGAUCCGAUUCAAUGCCAAUCUCGCCGACUUUGUGCCUGCAGAACAGCUUGAUGCCGAGUUCGCCGGAGGCAAGUACAAUUACGAAUGGGACUUCCAAAAGUACUGGAGCACUUUGAUCAAGGUCGGAGGCAUCGCACAGGAUGGCACUCGCAACAACGAUGGCGCUGAGCAAGCGACAUCCUCUCGGGCUGAGGUGGACCCGGUGCAAAGACACGCAGAUGCUAUCGCAGCUACACAGCUUAGUGGAGAUGGUGCUACCGAGGGUCUUGGUGCCGCUGCUGGCAGUACUGCUGCUCUCGCCGUUGCCGGAGGCGGAGCUGCUGCUGCCACUGCUGCUGUCGCCGCUGGAAAUGCUGAAAAGACAUCUUCGUCCGCCUACAAGUACCUGAAAGGCACUUCAGAUUACGAAGAUCUCCUCUCCAAAUACGACACCUUCCUCUUCGACUGCGACGGUGUAUUGUGGUCAGGCGACGAAACCAUCCCUGGUGUCGUCUCUGUCCUGCAGAAACUCCGUCAGCGUGGCAAGUCGGUCAUCUUUGUCACCAACAAUGCCUCCAAAUCUCGCCAGACCUACCUGAAAAAAUUCGCCGGCAUGAACAUCCAAGCCUCUCUCGACGAGGUCUUUUCGUCUUCGUACGCAUCGGCCGUCUACCUGAAAAGGGUGCUCAACUUCCCCGCCGAUCGCAAGGUGUACGUGAUUGGUAUGCACGGGAUCGAGGAAGAGCUCGACGCCGAAAAUGUCUUGCAUUGCGGAGGCACCGAUCCGGAGGACAACAAGUUUUUGCCUGCGCUCGAUUUCACCUCGUUGCAGAACGACGAUGCCAUCGAUCCCAAAGUCGGCGCUGUCGUUUGCGGAUUCGACAUGCACAUGUCCUACAUCAAGCUCGCCAAGGCCUUCAAGCACCUUACUCGACCCGGGUUCGAUGGUCCCGUCGAAGCCAACGCCGAGGGAGGCGGAUGCCACUUCAUCCUGACCAACGACGACUCCACCUUCCCCGCCAAAGGUGGCCCCUGGCCUGGAGCAGGAAGCCUCUCCGCUCCCCUCAUCUUCUCCACCAAACGCACCCCGACCAUCGUCGGAAAACCUCACAAACCCAUGCUCGACUGCAUCAUCGCUACAAAGCACUUUGACCCCAAACGCGCCAUCAUGGUCGGCGAUAGACUCAACACCGAUAUCGAGUUUGCCAAAGCAGGAGGGAUCGCGAGCAUGUUGGUGUUGACAGGUAUCAGUAAGCGCGACGAGAUCGAGGGCGAGGAGGCGAAGACAGUGCCAGAUUACUUGAUCGACAGCUUGGGUGAUCUGGAUGCGGUUGCGUAG